AUCUUGUUAUUCGUGACUGUGAUAAAACUAAAUUUUAAAAGUUUUAGUAUAUAUGUAGAAAAGAUCGCAAUGAAUGUUGAACAUUGUACCAUCAGCUUAAACUGCAGCCACAAUGUUUUCCCCUGCACUCCUGACGUUGCUCCUUGUGGGCGCCAUAACUGGCAUGCCCGUCCAAGAGGACAUUUCUGGCACCAUCACAAUCAGCAUCCGAUCUGAGGAGGCCCAAAUUGCGGUAGGGGAAGAGGACAUCUCUGGUACCAUCACCAUCACCAUCAAGUCUCUGGAAGGAUGGAGCACAACCUCUAUCGUUCCCCAAGGAAUCCAGCAAGAAGAUUGGAGAGAUAUCCUUCAAACUGUUCUCUCAGUUGCAGGCACUGUCGCACCACUUUUACUUGGAAAGAAAGAACUCCAGCAAGAAGAUUGGAGAGACAUCCUUCAAACUGUUCUCUCAGUUGCAGGCACUGUCGCACCACUUUUACUUGGAAAGAAAGAACUCCAGCAAGAAGAUUGGAGAGACAUCCUUCAAACUGUUCUCUCAGUUGCAGGCACUGUCGCACCACUUUUACUUGGAAAGAAAGAACUUCAGCAAGAAGAUUGGAGAGACAUCCUUCAAACUGUUCUCUCAGUUGCAGGCACCGUUGCACCACUUUUAAUUGGAAAGAAAGAACUCCAGCAAGAAGAUUGGAGAGACAUCCUUCAAACUGUUCUCUCAGUUGCAGGCACUGUCGCACCACUUUUAAUUGGAAAGAAAGAACUCCAGCAAGAAGAUUGGAGAGACAUCCUUCAAACUGUUCUCUCAGUUGCAGGCACUGUCGCACCACUUUUAAUUGGAAAGAAAGAACUCCAGCAAGAAGAUUGGAGAGACAUCCUUCAAACUGUUCUCUCAGUUGCAGGCACUGUCGCACCACUUUUACUUGGAAAGAAAGAACUUCAGCAAGAAGAUUGGAGAGACAUCCUUCAAACUGUUCUCUCAGUUGCAGGCACCGUUGCACCACUUUUAAUUGGAAAGAAAGAACUCCAGCAAGAAGAUUGGAGAGACAUCCUUCAAACUGUCCUCUCAGUUGCAGGCACUGUCGCACCACUUUUAAUUGGAAAGAAAGAACUCCAGCAAGAAGAUUGGAGAGACAUCCUUCAAACUGUUCUCUCAGUUGCAGGCACUGUCGCACCACUUUUACUUGGAAAGAAAGAACUCCAGCAAGAAGAUUGGAGAGACAUCCUUCAAACUGUCCUCUCAGUUGCAGGCACUGUCGCACCACUUUUAAUUGGAAAGAAAGAACUCCAGCAAGAAGAUUGGAGAGACAUCCUUCAAACUGUUCUCUCAGUUGCAGGCACCGUCGCACCACUUUUAAUUGGAAAGAAAGAACUCCAGCAAGAAGAUUGGAGAGACAUCCUUCAAACUGUCCUCUCAGUUGCAGGCACUGUCGCACCACUUUUAAUUGGAAAGAAAGAACUCCAGCAAGAAGAUUGGAGAGACAUCCUUCAAACUGUCCUCUCAGUUGCAGGCACCGUCGCACCACUUUUAAUUGGAAAGAAAGAACUCCAGCAAGAAGAUUGGAGAGACAUCCUUCAAACUGUUCUCUCAGUUGCAGGCACUGUCGCACCACUUUUAAUUGGAAAGAAAGAACUCCAGCAAGAAGAUUGGAGAGACAUCCUUCAAACUGUUCUCUCAGUUGCAGGCACUGUCGCACCACUUUUAAUUGGAAAGAAAGAACUCCAGCAAGAAGAUUGGAGAGACAUCCUUCAAACUGUUCUCUCAGUUGCAGGCACUGUCGCACCACUUUUACUUGGAAAGAAAGAACUCCAGCAAGAAGAUUGGAGAGACAUCCUUCAAACUGUUCUCUCAGUUGCAGGCACUGUCGCACCACUUUUAAUUGGAAAGAAAGAACUCCAGCAAGAAGAUUGGAGAGACAUCCUUCAAACUGUUCUCUCAGUUGCAGGCACUGUCGCACCACUUUUAAUUGGAAAGAAAGAACUCCAGCAAGAAGAUUGGAGAGACAUCCUUCAAACUGUUCUCUCAGUUGCAGGCACUGUCGCACCACUUUUACUUGGAAAGAAAGAACUCCAGCAAGAAGAUUGGAGAGACAUCCUUCAAACUGUUCUCUCAGUUGCAGGCACUGUCGCACCACUUUUAAUUGGAAAGAAAGAACUCCAGCAAGAAGAUUGGAGAGACAUCCUUCAAACUGUUCUCUCAGUUGCAGGCACUGUCGCACCACUUUUACUUGGAAAGAAAGAGCUUCAGCAAGAAGAUUGGAGAGACAUCCUUCAAACUGUUCUCUCAGUUGCAGGCACUGUUGCACCACUUUUAAUUGGAAAGAAAGAACUUCAGCAAGAAGAUUGGAGAGAUAUCCUUCAAACUGUUCUCUCAGUUGCAGGCACCGUUGCACCACUUUUACUUGGAAAGAAAGAACUUCAGCAAGAAGAUUGGAGAGACAUCCUUCAAACUGUUCUCUCAGUUGCAGGCACCGUUGCACCACUUUUAAUUGGAAAGAAAGAACUUCAGCAAGAAGAUUGGAGAGAUAUCCUUCAAACUGUUCUCUCAGUUGCAGGCACCGUCGCACCUCUUUUAAUUGGAAAGAAAGAACUCCAGCAAGAAAAUUGGAUAGAUUUCCUUCAAACGUUAAACCCUUUUGCACCAGUCACUGUUAUUUCGUAGAAUCUGAACAUUUGCAUUUGCAAAAAAAUUAAUUUUCUGUUUAGAAAUUGUAGAAAUUUAAGAUUUUGAAUAUUGUUUCUUUCUAGAAAGGGCAGUGAUAUUAAUUUUUGGACCAUGUUGAAAAUAUGCAUAAUUCGUAUAAAUAAUAAAUUCUUCAAAAAUUACUAAAAAAGAAAUCCAACAAAAUAAAGUUUUCUUCUUUUUG